AUGCACCGACUCAGCGUCUUCCGUAGAGCACAUCAAAGACCGACACACAAAGAUCCUAUCGCCCAAAAUAUCCACGACCACUAUCAACAGCUAAUUAAUAUCCAUCACCGCCUGACAAUAAUUUGGACACCCUCACAUGUAGGCAUACCCGGAAACGAACUCGCCGACAAAGCCGCUAAGAGCGCCUCCAAGGACCUCACCGAAACAUCCAACAUCACCACACAAAAAGAUCUACAAGCACUCCUAACGUCCAAAAUUCAGGAAAGAUGGCAACAAGAAUGGGACCGCAAUUCAUCUAAGCUACAUGAUAUCCACCCAAGCGUGAAACCUCUCAAGUUCACCAUAUCAGACAGACGGACCACAGUCAUAAUGAGAAGACUCAGAAUUGGACACACCAGAUACACCCACGGUUACCUUAUGGCUUCAUCUGCGCCCCCGCUAUGUGAACACUGCAACACAGUGCUCACUGUCAAGCACAUCCUAAUGGACUGCUCCUUCCACUCUGCGAACCGAGAAUUACAUGGCCUCCAGGGAAACUUAAGUGCAGACCUCACCAAGCCGGACUUCAGUGUUAACAUAGUGAACUUUCUUGAUAGUCUAUCCAUUGCUCAUUGUAUUUAA